GAAAUGAGCUGCGCAAUGCGAUUUGAUCCGCGCUGUGAACCUCCGGGCCUAUCACCACCCAUUGACAAGGCGACAGGCGAUACCAAAGUCAAUGGGCCAACCACAGGAGCCCUGAAGACACUUACAAGUGUCACGCUCACCGGUGAUGGGAACGGAAACUCGAACGGGGAAGGCAACGUGCUUGGCUCCGUGAACGGCAGCCCCGUGAAGCGCCAAGACGCAUCUGACUCGGAGAAAAGCUUGUCCCUUCUCACAGCCAACGGCGAGGGAGACCAGUCCAAAGCAGUUUCGUCACCAGAGCACUUCUCCACUGCUGAUGAAGGUGACAUUGGCGAGGAGACUGCUGAUGGCGACUCUGAGGAGGACAGCUUUCUUUCAAGAGAGACAGAAGAUGUACAGUCUGAUACAGAAUCGGAAGGCGUCGGCGAAGGCUUGGAGCUAAGGAACGUCUGUGGUGACGCCAGGCACGGAAUGCCGAUGGCUGUGAAGAGGGUUCGCAAAGAGAACCCUGAACUUCCUGAAACAGUAACUGUAUUGAAGACACAGGAAGGCUCCGUGGUCUAUCUGGUGGGGACUGCACACUUCAGUCUCGAGAGCCAGGAAGAUGUGGCGAAGACAAUCCAAGAAACUCAGCCGGAUGUUGUUUUGAUAGAACUGUGCAAGAGUCGGCUAAACAUAUUGUCCUUUGAUGAGGAGGUUAUUCUAAAAGAGUCCCAGAGCAUGAACAUGGAGAAAAUGAUGACGACAAUCAAGCAGAACGGCCUCGUCCAAGGCAUCAUGUACAUCCUCUUGCUCAGCAUGUCGGCGCACCUUACGCGACAACUGGGGAUGGCACCCGGGGGAGAGUUUCGCAGAGCAGUGCAAGAGGCAGAGAAAGUGAAAGGCUGCCUGAUCCACCUUGGAGAUCGUCCGCUGCAGAUCACACUUCAGAGGGCCUUGGCUGCACUGAGCGUCUGGCAGAAGCUGCGCCUAGCGUGGCACAUGAUCACAGCCAAGGAUCCAAUCAGUAAGGAGGAGGUGGAGCGCUGCAAGAAGCAGGACUUGCUGGAGGAAAUGCUGGCCGAGAUGACGGGCGAAUUCCCAGCUCUGAGCAAAGUGUUUGUGCGGGAACGGGACAUCUUCCUGGCCUACUCCCUACGGCUCGCUGCCAGCCCCAUGCCUUGCAUGAAUAACCCUUCAGGUGAGCAGCCAACAGUUGUGGUUGGUGUUGUGGGCAUUGGCCAUGUUCCUGGCAUUGUGGAGAACUGGGACAAGGUGUCUGAUGUUGACAUUCCUCCCAUUAUGAGAAUUCCGGAACCCUCACUACCGUCCAAGAUGCUCAAGUUCGGCAUCAAGGCCUCCCUAAUCUCACUGGUCGCGUGGGGGUGUUGGAAAGCGCUGCCUCCCUCCGUCACCCAAAAACCCAUCGAAUGGGUUCACGCGUUCUACCCUCACUAGACACCGAGACCGCCCUAAAUAUGAAAACGGGCGACCAAUGUGGAAAGCAGGUCUCUAUCUGCUUUCAAUAGAAGUGUGCGAGAACGAUGUGUCGCCUAGCUUCAGCAUAUCGCCUGUUAUUAACAGUAGAAUGAAAACGGGGUGCCAGCCUGGCCAUCUCGGGGUUUGUUACUGGUCACGAUGGAAGCGAGGAACCUUUCACCGUUGUUGAUUCUUUUUUUGGGAUCUAUACGUGCACUCAAUCGUUCAUUGUGCAUCACCAAAUUUGCGGACCUCCCACAUGGUUCCAAAGCAGCACUGUCGAUCAUGUUGGUGCUCCAUUAAGCCGUUUAAAGAAAAUGCUUGUGAUAUGUCACUAUACUGAUCUUGUUUCCGUCAAGCACCACUGUCCGUUGGUGGGUUUUUAGCAUAAAUGAGAGUGAGAAAUGGUGGUACUUGCUGUGUCUGCUUCUUGCAACCUUGGCUUAUAUAUACCUUGUAGUUCCAUUGCCUUUUUCAUUUCUUUCCUUU